AUGGAGGCGGACGGGUGGCUCAAGCGAAAUCACGGCUGGCUGGAGGAGACGCAGCAUAUGCGCGUGCCGGCCCAGCAAAAGCGCAUCGACCGGCUGCGUCAGCGAGUGGCCAUCAAGUGUGAGGAAGGCACGGCUGAGUUACUUGCCGCCGAGGCUGACCUGCAGGAGGCCCUGCGUCAACAGCAGGUCUUGGCAGCUCAAGGUGGAUUCUACAACGUUGACGAUUGCCAGGUGGACGGCGUUGUGGUCCAACACGCCAUAAUUACCAGCGAUGCACGACUUUUGUUGGGCAGCUUCUCCGCACGUGACGUGCGCCUGCUUCAACGAAUAUAUGUGGGAGAUGUCAUCCGUCUCCACUCGAUGAUCGACCACACCCCUCGCGAGUAUGGUGAUCCCUCCAUGGUUCACCAGGCCCUCGAUGCAGUCCUUGCCAAGCUGAAGCGCCGGCGCCACGCUCAACUGCGGCUUGGCAAGCAACGCAUGCAACUCUUGCGUGCGACCUUGGACCCAUUGCGUUGCACGACACAUGCCCAGCAACUUGAAGAAAUGUUACAGCUAUUGCAACGGGCUGUACCGCCCAGCCACGCUGAACGACCCCUAGCCGAUGUUCUCGGUUUCGAGCUGAUUGAGCUCGACUUGCCAGUCAUUACCGUCUUGGUUUCAACGGCCAACGCACUAAUGAGCCUCGUUCGCAUUCCCCAUAGCUCACUCAACGACUCGACUGCAAUUCCCCACCUAUCUCCACUCAUGUGGUUUCUUUGCCAUGGCGAUGAGGCGUGGUGGAGCCACGUGUACAUGUUGCUGGUGCAUAUUGUGCUUCAGUGUGCCCGCAACGCCCAAAUCGCGCGGGACGAAUUUCCGCUGGUGGUGGCUCAAGAGCCGCAUCAGCGCCGGCGUUCGCGCCGAAGCUUAUGGGCAACCGAAAAUGGCGAGGAGACCUUUCUGGGAAAAUCGCGCCGCCAAGGCGAGCGUGCCUUCGACGGCAUGGCACGCUGGUUGGGCGUGCGGGGUGACGAGGACGAGUUGGCUUAUCGCCAGCAGCAAUACAACUACACCAAAGCCAUGGGGCAAACCCUACAUCGCCGCAACAAGACAUUGACAAAGGCGCAGGAGGACAUGUUGGAACUCGCCGCGGAGGAGGAUGAUUCAUCAGACCAUCGCUUCGAUCCUGAGAAAGCAGACCAUCAGACGACUCGCGAUCCCCAGCAAGGCUGGGAGCAUUAUGUCUGGUUACAUGAGGAAGAACUGCGCAAGAUUGUCAAGCCUGGGUGGUUUGGUGGACAGGAGGAAAAGACCAAGCAUCGUCGCAAAUCUCGUUUCAACAACGACACCCUCGUGCAGGCCCAACUCCAAGCGCUACCGGAAUACACCCCCGUCUUUAUCAAUGCCAUCACUACGCUGCAGAUCAUCAUCAUGAUCCUGGUUCUCGCACAUGCAUAUACAACAGAUUACAUGGCACCCUUUGCCUUUAAGAACGAACGAAACACUUGCGGUAGCGACUCAAGCCCUGCCUGCCUGACCUUCAAUGGUUCCUCGGCUGAUGUCACCCGUGUGACCUCGGCUAAUCCUGGCUACGGCCCUUCCUCCAUCUACUUGGCUAAAGUUGGGGCCAAAUUUGCUCCGUGCAUGCGCGAGGACGAGAGCGUAACCAAGGCCGCCAUCCGCACUCGCACUCUCGAGUGCGGAAACGGUCGUGAAAACCCUUGCGAGGGCAACGCCGACGAUGGUACUGGGUGCUGCACGCUGGGCAACGGCCAGUCAGGUCAAACAACCGAGGCAGAGUGUGCUUCGUUUGAUGGCACCUGGGUGAAUGACCUGUGUGACGAGACGGAAGACUUUAUUACAUGGCGGCCUUGCUGUGGUUUUGAUCUCGUUGGAUCCUGCCAGCUCACAACAGAAGACACCUGUGCUUUUCUCAACGGCUAUUGGCACAUGGAUGCACAAUUGUGCUCCAACGUCCUUUGUCUCAAAGAAACGUGCACGUUGUUUGGGACCGGCACCUCGAUUGAUGCUCGCAAGGACUUUCGCAAUCUGCCGGACAAUCCGAGUCAGUGGUGGCGUUUCAUCACACCCCUCUUCUUCCAUGCCAGCGUGGCCCACGCCAUUUUGGUGCUGAUUGCCCAAUAUUAUUAUGGGCGCAAGAUGGAAACGCAUAUUGGUGCCAUGCGCAGCCUUUUGAUCUACUUUAUCAGUGGCAUUGGCGGGACUUGCAUUGCUGCCGUCUUCUCGCCACUUGACGUGUCGGUUGGCACCAACCCGUCUGUUUAUGGCAUCCUUGCCGUGCACUUGGUCGAUCUGUUUCAGUCCUGGCAGCUGGUGGAUCGUCCUGGGUUGAGCCUGGCCGGCCUGGGGGGUGUCAUUGCCGUGCUGCUCCUCGUUGGCACGACGUCGUAUGUGGACAACUGGAGUCACAUUGGAGGAUUCGCGUUUGGGCUCGUGUCGGGCAUUAUCUUUAUCCCGUACAUCACCUUUGGCAAAUGGGACCUAGCCCGAAAGCGGCUGCUCCUGUUCAUCUGUGCCCCCUUGCUCUUGGUGAUGUUCGUGGCUGCCUUUGUCACGUUUUAUCAGAUUCAAAACACGGAAUUUUGUUCCUGGUGUGACUACCUGAACUGCGUGCCAUAUGCCGACGGCAUGUGUGGGCGCAGCCUCUAA